CGGCUGAGCAGAAAAAAUAUAUUUGUUUCGGAGAUCUAAGCAACAAUGGAUUCAACACAUAUUGUAGCAUAUUUCAUCUUCAUCCUCGUUUCGCGACGUGUUUGCAUAGUGUUUUCGGGGGCGUGCCCGACUCAUUUUGUCUUUAUUUCAUCACGAUGCUAUUACGUAAGCAGCAUGGCCGUCGAAGGGUUCGAGGCCUACACGUUAUGUAAUGGUCUUUAUUCCGGGGCAACGCUGGCCGUUUUUCAGACGGAUGCUGAGAAAAAGAACGUAGCAGCGGGUUUGAGCUUAACGAAUGGAACACGUUAUCUGAUUGGCCCACAUCCUGCAUGUGAAAGCGGCUGCUAUACGAUUCGACCAAUGGCAACCCUGGAAACACCACUCAUCGGGCUAAUCUCAUGUGAAACCUUUCUUCAGUUUAUCUGUGAAGCACCUAUCAUCUAUGACGUUCCUGAUGACGUGACCAUUUUCACAACAACCAGCGACUCCACAUCCAUCACUGCACAAUGGUCCUACUCUUCUUCAUCCACAUCCUACACGGGUUUCAGAGUAACUGCGACGCCCUCUACGGGUGCCCAACAAUCUACCGUGAAUGUUAAUUCUUCCGAGUUAUCCGCAACGUUGAGCGACCUUUAUUCCGGGACGGUGUACAAUGUGACUGUUUAUGUUCUUAAUGAAGAUCAGAUUAGCACAGGAGUGUCAAUGGAUUCAUUCACAUAUCCCGGAUAUGUGCCCUGCCUCUUGGCGACCAAUGUCGGAAAGGAUAUAACGAUAUCGUGGUCAAGUGCCGCUGGCGAGGUCCAUGGUUACCGCGUCUGGGCUUACGUCACAGAGAAGACCCAGGAGGACCAAGAGACAGGUGACCCGACCACCCUAUCGCAUACCUUUACCGGAAAGGACAAGAAGACCUAUGCCAUUGACAUCUACAGUUACGUCUGGGUCAACGGUGUACAGUACUGGAGCUUUCCCAUAGAAGUAGAUUUUUAUCUAGAUAAGAAUGAACAAAACGAAGUGAACGAAGGGUCGUAUCCGUGUACGGCUGUAACUCCUGCACCGAUCACAACGACUUCCUCGCCUGCCACAAACACGACGACAUACUGCCCAGUUGUAGAUAUCUACACUACAACUUUGCCAACAACAACUGGUGCCCCGUCAACUCUGCAAACUACAAGAGAAGUAACAACAACGAUGACUACCACUUAUCCUACGACUACAGCCUUUCAUACAACAGCAAACCCAACAUCAACCGCAGUGAUGACUACCUCCCCUACAACAGUUGCUCAAACAACUACAAAACCAGCAACGACCUUACUCGUUACCACAGACCUUACAACUCUACAGACGACCCAUCCUCCCCUAACUACCCCUAAAACUACUAGUGUCUCUACAACAGAUAUGCAGACAACCACAAAUCCUACGACAAGUACACCUCCUACAACGACUUUUCACAGUUCGACUGACCCUACAACAUACCCUUCAACAACCCUUCAGACAACAACUAAUCCUACGACGAGCAUUCCGACAACGCUUGGAUUUACCACAACGGUUGAGACAUCACAUGCCCUUACCUCAGCUCCACAGACUUCUUCUGACAGUUCUGAUCCCCAAACAGCCACUCAAUCAAGCGCAGCGCCCUCUACAGUAGAAACUAUGACACCAUUAGUGGAAACUGGCAUCUUCACUGACAUCUUGGAGUCUACGCAAGAAACAUCAUCCACCGAAACAAACGUCAAUACAUGCAACUCAUCUGAAGGGGUUUUGAAUUCGGAAGAUUAUAUUGCUCUUAUACCUAACGAAAAGGCAAACUUCACUCAGGGUGUGAUCUCCGAUUUGAUUUACUUCAUGAACGAGACCCGGGACGAGGAGACAGUCUACUCUUACAUGGAGACGGUCUGGCCUUCCCUGUUUGGUCCAAAUUGCCAGCCCAUCGCACCAAUCAGGUCCAGGUCUACUCCUUUCAUGAUCGAAGUAAUGGGCGCCACCUUAAUGGAGCAUCUUCUCAACGUUACGAACGAGACUCUAAAUCUUGCGUUCUACGAUGUCGGCAUUGUCAAAGAAUUUCGAAUGAUUGUCAACCUUGCUGUUAAUGACAGUGACGUCAACAUGAUGUUUGGCGAAAUAAGUGAUACCUUUGUGGAGAUUCCUACGGCUGCCCUAAGAAAUGGCGAUUGCUGUAAAGCUUUGAUGUUCAUCCUAUACAAUGAACCACCGUUAGAUGAGAGGAAAGAUCAGUGUGCGGACCUGUAA